AUGAAACUUGGAACUUGUACUGAGUGGCUCUUCUUCCAUCUUUGGAAAAAGAAUCCUAAUUCUGGUCAUAGUUGCAAUGGAGUCUUUCUAGCAGAUACUGUUAUAUAUAGAUGGGCAUAACCUUACUUUAGUAAUAUAUAAAAUUUAUAUAAUAGGAUAUUUUACAGCCUAAAAUGGUUAAAUCAUUAGGAAAACUAAAGAAAGGGUUUUUAUUGAAUAAGUUGAAUAAUCAUUUUUAUAAGAUAAUACUGUUGCAGUUUUAUUAACUAGUCAAGUAUUUCUGAUUAAAUACUUUUAGGCUCAAUCUAAAUAAUAAGAAAUAAUUAAUUUUGAAUACUUUGAUAAAGAGAACUUUGGUAAAUUCUUAUAUUAAAGAGAAAAAGAGUUAAAUUCAAUACUUCAAAAGUAGAGAAUUAAAUUUAAUAUUUUUUAGGUUUAUUUAUCCAAAAGGUGAUCAUAAUUCAAUGAUUAAAGUAACAUGGUCUCCUUAAUUCUGUCUAAUAAAUAGAAAAACAAAUAUUAAUGAUAUGAAUGAUUUUAAAAAGCCUUUAUAUGAAAGAGUUAGUACAUUUGAUGGUCCUGAAUACUUAUCUGUAUCAGAUUCUAUUAGUUCCCCUUUAUUAAGUUCUGAUUUAGAAUAAUUAUGCGUAAAUAUUGUUAAACAUGUCUAAGAAAUAUCAGGUGGAAACAUUUAAAUUAUUAGAAUGGUUUUAUAUUUUAAGGUAGAUUAAGAAAAUAGAAUUUGGUUGAUGUUUUGUACUGGCAUUAAAGUGAAAGAUAAAUUUUCAACACAUCCAGAUAAACAUAGAGCAGACUCUCCUCUUUUUAAAAUUAUAAGGAGAGAUCUUGAACCUAUCAUUACAGGAACAGAGAAUGUUUAAAAAGUAGUUAAAUAUAAUAGUGAAGGACAAAUAGAAGAAUUAUUAUAUUAAAUAGAAAAUGUUUGUUCUAAUUGUGAUUUAUUUUCAUCAGAGUUAUAUUAAUUAUAAUUUGAAUAAAUCAUUGAAAGUUUUGAAAGAGUAUCCUUAAAUUAUUUAAUGUUAUUAGUCACUAGUAAGUAAUGAAUUCACUAGAUUACCAGAGGAUUUAUAAAAAAUAAAAAUAAAAAAUGAUAAGAAGAGUGAAUUGCUUAAAUUAAAUUAAAAUAUUAAAACUAGAUCAAAAUAAUUUAUUCAUAAAGGUAAUUAUAAUUUAAAUUUAUAUUAGAUUAUAAAUUGUCUAAUUAUUUUGAAUCAUAAUCAAAUUAAUAAAUUUCUGGUACAUAAAGUCAAUAAGUCAUAUUGGUUGAAAAAUAUAAACUUGUAAAUAAUUAAAAAACUUCUGAUUAAGUUCAUGCUGAAAUUUAAGAAUUAUGUCGAUAAUUAGAUGAAGAAUAAGAAGAUUGUAAAUUGAAUUUUAAAACUGUACCUGCAUUAAUUUUAAAAGUAUGGGGAAAGUUAUCUGAAGACAAAUAUAAAUAAUUAAAAUUUAAUCCUAGUUGGAGAUAACUAAAUACUUAGGUAUGUUUAGAUUGUUAUCUCAAAUAUACUGAAUGUUGUAAUCUUACUCAAUUUGAAAGAAAAGUGUAUAAAUAUUCAAUCUAAUUAAAUAUAGUAAGACAGCUGCUCAAAAUUUAAAAAAAAAAGUAGAAGAUAAAUAAGUUAACAAUAUGCUUCUGUCAAAUACUUUGCUAGAGAUUAAUAAAAGUAGUUUUACUUAAAAUUUCCAUUCUUCCUUGCCUCCUGUAAUUGAACAAAGAACUAAUACAGCAGGUGGUAAAGUUAGUUUAGCAAAAACAGCUAAUACCUAAUAAAGAUCUACAGCAUUAAACACACCACCUUAACCAUAUUAAAAUACUUUAGAAGCCAUGCCUUAGUUCUUUAAUAAAUUUAUGAAGAAAGAAGUUAAGCCAAAGAAAGCUCCAUCCACACAAAAAGUAUAAAAUAUUAUGAUUUAAGAUUUACCAAAAUAGAUAAGGAUUGCAAAUGUCGUUGAACUAAUCUAGUCAAUCAAGAUCAUCUCAUUCUACUUAGGAUUAAUCAAAAGUCUCAUUUGAUUAUAUGAUUACUACUGUUUCAUAACUGAAAAAAAAAUUAUAAGAAUUGGAAGAUGAAGAACAAUAGUAAAUAAAGUCAACAAAUUAAAAACCAUAAAUUUUGUAAGAAUAAUCAGAAUAAACUUCGUUAUUGCAAAAUAGUAAAUUAUUUCAGAUUAAAUCCCAAUCACAUAAAUGA